CAAAAUGGCGGUCGUUUCUUUUUGCCAGUUUACUUCCCUUGAUCGACAGUUUCUAGGCGAAUAACAGAGUGAAAUACCUCAAUGAAGCCAAAUUCAAAGAAAAGCAUAGUAUAUGCAAAGGUUCUUGAUCGCAAGGUAUUGAUGGUGGAGGUUUUUAUACAUCCAGUAUGUUCACUUGGAAAUCAGCCAGCGACAGAAAAUAAAGACAACAAAUACAAGUGGUUUACAGAAGAACACUUUCGUAGGUUGAUUUCAAAACUGCAGGAUGUUAUUCUUGCAAGAGUAUUGGCUCCAUCAGAAACCAAAGGCAAGAAGAAAGGAAAAAAUGAUAGGAUGUCACAAUGUGAUUGUGCUGAAACAUUACCUGAUCAUGAACUGCUCAUUCAGUAUCAGUUUGUCAGGAAAAGAAUGUGUGGGCAAAUUGUUUUGGUUCAGAAGAAAGAGUCGGAAGCAGGAGAUCCAAAGGUGGCAAGGGAUGUACAGCAAUCUGACUAUUCAGGUGGUGGCUAUGAAAGCUGUGUUUUCUAUCCAGAGAAGCUCCAUGUUACAGUCAUGUUAAAUUCUCAACCUGGUGAUCAGAAGCCUGCAGCAAAAUCACAGGUGACUGAAGAUGUUCAAGAACAACAGCCUCCCAAGUCAACCAUCAGCAAGUACUUCAAUAAAGAAAAUGUCUAUGCCACACGUUCAACCCUGAAAAACAGAGCUGCCUCGAAGUAUUUGAACAAGAAAAACGACUCACAGGGAAAGAGUGAAUCCUACGUUUGUUCCAAUUUGCCUGUUGGGGUUGAUUCAGAGGAAACAGAAAAGGAAAACUCUAAGGUUUUUGACUCAGCAAAAGUUCAGGAUGUAGAAACUGAUGGAAGAAAUGAAGAUAUCUUUUGUGUUAAUCAGUUCAGCCCAAAAAUUGAAACUCACGACGUCGUUCCACUUCACGAAAGCGAGAAUGGCUCAAAACAAGACGAAUAUGACCAAAAGAUUCUCAAAAGGCGUGGAAACGAAGAUAACGAGGAGGAAUGGUCACAGAAUGAUAUCAGUGCAGAUAGCGUCUCCGUAACGAAGGAAGAUGUUCCUCAAGUAGCCAGUUGUAGUGACGGCUUCAAUUCCUUGAAAGAUGUCACGAACGUUGAAGCUGUUAAAGACACUCAAAAGAAUAAAUCAGAAUCGAUUGUUUCCAAUUCUUCAAAGCUAAAACGACGCAGAUCUUUUUCUGAAUCUGAUACGACUAACUCUGAUUCAGUUCCGUGUCUUAGGUCUCGAAUUUCCAAGUACAAGACCGUUAAGAAACAGAGAGCUGUAUCCAACGAUGAAAGUGGAGAUAAAAGAAAAGCGAUAGCUCUUGUUGAUAGAACAGAAGAUGAUAACGAUUUUGAGACACCUAAAGUGAGACGAAACACGGCAAAGCGCAAAGGUUCGGACUUGUCCGAUGAUCAAGACUUGUUCUCUUCUGCCUUUUCAACUGAUAAUGAAACUUCUUCAAAUGUUAAACCUGACGCAAAGGGAACUAUUAACUCCAAAAAAAGGAGGACCAAUCAGGUAGAAAUAAAAGGAAAAGCUUUGAGUGGGAAGGCUGCAAAUUUAGCAAGGAAGCGAGUGACUACACGACAAGCGAAGACGGUGAAUGGGACAGCAGUGACCGAUUUGGAAGAUGUUACUGAGGAGCCUGAGUCGAGUCCGGCGAGUGCGAUUGCAGUAGAAGACAAGCCUGUGAAACUGAAUAUAAGAAAUGUUGAGGAACUCACUGCAAGCCAAACAGAGCAACUGGUGAGGGAGUAUACCCGUGAACUGAGGGAUAUUUUUGAGGGCAAGAUAUAUUGUCGACGCCAUGAAGAUUACAAGAAAGGUGGAAAGAUGAAAGGUGAUUUGGCAUUUCAAGUACAGUUUGGGUCAUUUUCUGAAGAACAGCGAGAUAGGAUAAUGGGAGUCCUCACUAACAUGUUUUGUUACAAACACAGCAAGUACUUUGAUUAUGUCAGCAAAGUGCUCCUCCCUGAAACGCUCGUGAUGGUGUACAUGAGAGUUGAGAGAAAGACUCGACUCGAGGCGGAGCGUUUAUUACUGGAAGGACCAACAUCGUCGAAAUAAUUCCUACUGUUGAGCAACUUCACAUCUCAUCGUUCAUUGAAUUUUUUCUCACAGGAAGCGAGAUUAACGAUGUGUAAUUGUAUUGAUUUUCCAAAAGCGGAAAUAUUUGACAUGAUCACAGUUUGUUAGAAGUUUAAUGUCACUUUUUAUUGUGACUUGUUUGCAAAAUGUUUAAGAUAAACUGACUUUAUUUGUCGCCUGACGUUAUUUUAAAUUUUACACGGACAGUUUGUUUUAUAAUCAGGAUUGAAAAAAAAUAAAAGAAAAAGUGUUACGC